UCUCUGACGCCAAAUGUUUCAAACACCGGUUCCUCGGAUCAAAAGUCACAAAGUAACGUACACACGAGAUCAAAGGAGCGGCGCGCUCCCGUCACUCUCUGAUGAAGCGGGAACACUGCUAACCUUAGAGUAGAGAAACUUCACCUAAAGUAUCGAUCUCGUCAGGCUGCUAUCGAUCCAGGUAUUGAUACUAAAGAGUUUAUGAUCGAUUUGUUCUCACCUGUCGUGAAGGUUUCGCGCUGAAAUACCUGAGAAUGAUCAGGUGGUGUUUUUAACACCGGCCUGUCAGCAAUGACCUGAAGCUGGACUCCUGAAAUCCUUCCCGAGAACUGACUUCACAGCUGAGAUUUACAGACUGAGAUCCAAUGGAUCCCUGGCAAGAUCCCGUGUUUCAGGGGUGGAAUGUUCUCGCCUUCCCAAGUCAGGAAGAUCUGGAUUUAUACACAGCCCUUUCUGAAUCCACAGCCGAUCAGAGGAAUCAGGAGCAGGACACUUGGAGCAUUACUUUAAUAGAUUCUGCACAAGGCAGUAACAGCAGAACUGCAUCGCUCUGUGUGUCAACAUCACAACUGCUCUCAGAACACGGUCUCAGUCGUGACAGGUUUAGCUGGAGCGUGGUGUGGGCCCGAGCGGCUCCUGUGCACGAGUCUCUCCUGGAGUCCGCUGAACUUCUCUUCAAUGUGUCCGUGCCCGGUCUGCAGGUGGAGCUGCCGUACAGAACCAGAUUAAACAGCACAGCCCAGGAGCUGAUGGAGGCGGUUCUGGUGACUCUAGAUCAUCCCUCGGUCAGUGGACAAUACCUGAUGAAACUCUGCGACUCAGAGGAGUAUCUCAGAAGUGAUGAAAUCUUGGGACUGUGUGAAUGCAUCCAGGUGUAUCAGAAGUUUGCUCUGGAUGUUCCAGUGAGGAUGGUGCUCAAGGACUGCAUUGACCCAGCACUGACUCCAGAUGAGGAAGACGACCGCCAGGUGUUUCAUUUUAAUCAAGUCCUCGACUCUGCCUCUGCAGUCAGCAUUAUGAGGUCAGAUCUGCAGGAGAAGCUGAGCAGCUACAGUCAGGCAGUGAACCAGCUCUUGAGAAGCCAGUGUGGUGUUGGUGUAGAGAAGGUUGUGGAGUGUGUUCAUGCGGUGUGUGAGCAGCUGUGUGGCGUCUCGACUGUAGAUGUGGACGAGGCUGUCGUCCGGCUCCAGCGCUUCGCUCCUGUCACACUGACUCCGGGUGAAAUGUGUGAGUGUGAAACUGCUGUAGUCAUGCUCCAUCACGCUCUGCUGAAGCUGCUCCACAUGUUCUUCACAAACUUUGAUCUGGACUUCAGAGGACAGGAGGACCACCCGGAUCCCCCAGCAGCAGAUGUCAAGCACAGCACAUGCAUGCUGCAGCUCACACUGACCGGCCUCUACAGACUGCUGCCCGGCUGGAUAAACAGUUAUGAUCACUUAAGCGUGAGCUGCUCGCUCACAUACUGCGGCAGGAAUCUGACUGAACCUGUGGUGUCUGAGAACAUCAGCACGUCCCUUCAGCUCGGCUACAGGAUCCAGUGCAACCGUCUAUUGGUGUUUCCUGUUCCAGUUCAUGAGCUUCCAUAUGAAUCGAUGCUGUCUUUUCAUCUGCUGGGCUCUAAACAGGCCAAAAGCCCCGAGCUCCUGAGCUGGGCGGUCCUUCCUCUUUUUAACAACAGGACUCUGGUUCACGGCACGGUUCUGCUCAGUAUGUGCACACAGGUGCCACCCGUCUGUCCUCCGUCACCAGCGCUGAGCGACGGCCAUCGACAGCCCACCGGAGUCAUCCUACAGAUUGAUUUCCCGGAGUCUGGGCUGUGGAGAUAUGAGCGAGCGGCGGCUCGGCCCGAUCCAGUCCUGCAGUCGGUGCUGUGUGAAGAGCUGCAGAAGAGAGUGACUGAAGUGUGUCAGAAACACUGCCUGUCGCUCUUGACUGACAACGAGAAGGCCUUCCUGUGGAGCAAGCGGGACGUCUGCAGCCGGACGAACUCCUACCUGCACCUGGUGUUGGGCAGCGCGCCGCGGUGGAAACCUCAGAACCUGCCGGAUAUCUACUCCGUCCUGGAGCGCUGGAGUCCUGUGAGGGUCGAGGAAGCCCUGUUCCUCCUGAGUGAUGAGUUUCAUGACCAGUGCGUGCGGUCAGUGGCUGUGCUGUGUUUCCAGCAGAUGUGUGACAGUGAGCUGGAGGAGUUUCUGCCGCAGCUGGUGCAGGCUCUGAAGAUGGAGUGGGAGAUCGACGGGCCCUUGGUGAAGCUUCUGCUCUCCAGAUCUCUGCACUGCAUCCGCAUCGCUCAGCAGCUGUACUGGUUACUGGUGGACGCUCUGGACGACUGGCUCUACAGGAGCUGGAUGAGGAAGGUUCUGUCGGCGCUGAAGCACUGCUGCGGUCGGGCUCUGAGACACCAGCUCCAGCGUCAGAGCACACUGGUGGAUCUUCUCACGCAAGUGGCAGAGAAGAUCCGCUCGAGUGACAAGAACAAGAGAAAGGAUGUGUUUAGCCGAGAGAGAUGGCAGAUUGAGAGCUUUUUUGCUGAUGGACAGCCCUGCAGGCUUCCGUUAGAUCCCGCGGUCGAGGUCAAAGGUGUCAAUAUUGAGUCUUUUAAGGUUUUUAACUCAAACGCAGCACCUAUAGAAGUGUCCUUCAUCCCCACUGACCCGCUGGGACAGAACUACAGCCUCAUCUGUAAAACCGGAGAUAACCUGCGGCAGGACAUGCUGGUGCUGCAGAUGGUGCGUCUCCUGGACCGCAUGUGGACACACGACGGACUGGACAUGAGAAUGGUCACAUACAGAUGCAUCUCCACUGGACGAGAUCAAGGUUUAGUGGAAGUGGUGCGAGACGCGGUGACGCUGGCGCAGAUUCAUCAGGAGUGGGGUCUGUCCGGAGCGCUGAGGGAAGACACCUUAGAGAAGUGGUUCCACAUGAGGAACAAGACCAGAGAGGACUACGAGAAGGCGGUCAUGAACUUCCUUCACUCGUGCGCCGGCUGGUGCGUGGCCACAUUCAUCCUGGGCAUCUGUGACCGCCACAACGACAACAUCAUGAUCACACACAGCGGCCACAUGUUCCACAUCGACUUCGGCAAGAUCAUGGGCAAUGCGCAGAAGUUCGGCAGCAUCAAGAGGGACCGGACGCCCUUCGUCUUCUCUCCAGAGAUGCAGCGCUUCAUCACGGGCGGCGGAGAGAACCCGCAGCGCUUCCACCGCUUCGUGGAGCUGUGCUGUGACGCGUACAACCGUCUGCGCAGACGCUCGGCUCUGGUGCUCGGUGUGCUGCAGCUGAUGCUGACGGCUGGUAUGCCCGAGCUGAAGGACGUCCAGGACCUGAAGUACGUCCACAACAAACUGAGGCCUCAUGACUCGGAGCUGGAAGCCACCUCAUAUUUUACCAAAAAAAUCAAAGAGAGCAUGGAGAGCUUCCCAGUCAAAUUAAACUUCCUCUUCCACAAUAUGGUGCAGAUUUCCUCCACCAAACGUCCAGAAGCGCCGGCUACGAGGGAGAUCUCCUCCAACAGCAACAUCCAGGAGGCUGUGAUCCAGAAAUACACCGUCAACGGCAAAGAUGUGACGUACGAGCUGAAGGUGACCAUCGAGGACGGAUUCCUGGUCCUCCAGAAGAGCUUUGCUCAGUUUGAGAUGCUUCACAAGCUCCUGCAGAAGCACUUCAUCGAGUCCACGCUGCCCAAGUUCCCGAGCUGGUAUAACAUGUCCUUCACAGCGGGCAGGAAGAUGUCUCUGUUGAACAAGUAUCUGAAGGAGCUGUUUGAAGGGCCAUGCAAAGGGAAUGAAUACGUCUGCAGUCUGUUCCUGGACGGACCGGACGCCGCGGUCAAGGCAGAAACAGACGCUCAUCUCCGACCGCAGAUUCAGCUCUACCUGUCUUACAAAGACUAUAAGUUAUCUGUGAUGAUAAAGCAUUUGAAAAAUAUCAAGCUGUCUAACGGCUCGUGUCCGGACGCCUAUGUGGUCACACGACUGAGACCCGACCCACAGGACAAGACCAAGAGGAAGACCAAAGUGGUCCGCAGCAAUGACAACCCCACAUUCAACGAGCUGAUCGAGUACAGGAACGUGCCCAACCUCCACGGACACGUGCUGGAGGUGACGGUGAAGAGCAGGAAGACUUUCGUAGCGGCUACAAACGUGGUUCUGGGAGACAGAGUCCUGGACCAGGAGAAGUGGUUUCCUCUGGGCUUCUCGGCCGUCUGAAGACCAGCAUUAC